AUGGAGCUCGAGAUGCUUUACGACGAUGUUGCAUGGGAGCAAUCCGAUGAUAUAUCUGAGACUUGGCUUCUACAAUUCCUCGAUAUUGAUGUCAAACGACCCAUUGCAAUGUUCAUUUGGAAGCAUAAUUCGGGUGAUGAUCCUGUGUUUGCAAUUCUUCGAAAAGGGUCUUUCAAUAUCACGUUACAAAUGAAGUAUACCCACAACGCAAUCAACAUCCGCUUCUCCCAGCCUGGCGCUAUUCUCUUUCCCGAAGAAAAGACUCAAAAUGAAGUUGCUGUGAUGCGAUAUCUCUCCGAUCAGACGCAAAUCCCAGUUCCGUUUGUUCUUCGCUCGGGUACACGAGCAGAAAGUCCGCUCAAUUUGAGUCCAUUCAUCAUGAUGAGCCAUAUUGAGCACACCACGACUAUUUAUGAUGCUCUCAAUACACCAGGGUGUCCGAGUGAAAAACGGGGAAGUCUUGAUCCAAACAUCAACGAGAAUCAACUAAAAUUGCUCUAUACAGAGCUAGCAAAGGUCGUAUUGCAGCUUUAUCGGACAGAAUUCUCUAAAAUAGGGUCUCUGAACCAGGUAGAUGAUUUCUCUUGGGAGAUCAAUAGCCGGCCGGUAUCAAUGAAUAUGAACGAGCUUGUUCGGUUAGGGACACUUCCUCGAUCCAAACUUCCUAGUCUUGGUACUACCUUCAACACAACAUCCUCAUACAUUGAAGCCCUCGGACAACUAAAUAUCCAGCAUCUACUUCAUCAGAGAAACGAUGCAAUAAAGUCUGCCGAUGACUGCCGUCGGAAGUUUGUUGCCAGACAGCUUUUUCCCAAGCUCGCGAGAGAGAAAAAACUAUCUCUGUCAUCCCAUGAGAGCGGCCCCUUCAAACUCUGGUGUGACGAUUUCCGUCCCGGUAAUAUACUUCUCAACCACCGCAUGCAGAUCGCCGGUGUGGUAGAUUGGGAGUUUGCAUACGCGGCACCGGUGGAAUUUUCACACGCACCGCCAUGGUGGCUCCUCAUCGAGAGGCCUGAAAAAUGGUCCGAAGGUAUUGAAGACUGGACUCGAGUCUUCGAUCGCCGACUCAAGACCUUCCUUGCGGCAAUGAAGGCGUGCGAAGAUACCGAUCCUCAGCUCCCAGAACAGAUGCAACAGAGUUGGGAUAGUGGGGACUUUUGGGUGAUCUAUGCUCUUCUGAAUAGUUUCGCGUUUGAUACGAUUUACUGGCUGAAGAUUGAUCGGCGGUUCUUUGGGCCUACGGGGAAGGGUGAGCCGGGUGAAGCUUGGAAAGAGCGCUUGAUUCUGUUGAAUGACGACCAGAGGGCUGAGAUGGAAGAGUUGGUGACGAGGAAGCUUGAAGAGAUGGAAACUCGAGUCUUGGCAUGGGAUCCAGAUGAGUACACAGAAGGAUUUCGCCAGGAGUUUAAGCGAAGGAGGGAAGCUCAAGAAAAGGAGGGUGGAGAACCUCAUCAGGAAACAGUCGAGGAAUCUCAUGAAGAAGCGAGAAGCUUGCAAGAAUAG